UCAGCUUGCUCAGUUGAACCAGCUGAACCAACUCAAUCAGAUGGCAGUCUUACAAGCCCAACAACAACAGCAACAACAACAACAGAGGGGCGUUAUUGACCCACGUCUCCAAGCAGCAGCCAGUGCACGUGCUGCCACCUUUCAGCAGUCGCCUCAAGUUAUGAAUUCACAACGUAGCCCCAAUAUGUUGAAUGUUAACAUGGCGGCAGCUGCGGUCUUAGGUAGAUCUCUGUCCCCUCUACCCCCAGGAGCUACAAGUCCGGGACUACCCCCAAGGAGUCCAUUACCGUGGAUGCAACAAUCUACAAGUCCGUUACCAUUCGCCAAUAAUAAUUUUUCAAAGUGGUUUGGAAAUGAUGUCUUAAAGCAACAACUACCCACAAUGCCUCCAUUGCCAGCUGCAGGCAAAAAAGUUAUGACUCUUGAUGAGAUAGAACGCCAGCAGCAGCAAAUGGUUACGCACUGAAUAAUGUGAGCAGCCACAUAGAAGUUACGAAUGACCACAUCUUGAAUAAUUUCACAAAAGCAUUUGCUUGCUUGAAACUAUUGAUUAUUGUAAAAUCA